ACACAAUGAAACAAUUUUGCAUCACUCACCUCCUACUUCUUUUUUUGAUCCAACUCAACUCAGCUUUUAUUAUUAUGGAUUUGGAUACGGCAUCAAAGAUACUUCAGGAUCAGGAAAAUCAAGAUGCGGAAAAUGGUCCAUAUGUCGUCCAGGGGCUUGACCCUAACAAUCCUCAGAGCCUGCUGCAGAAUGGUCGCCAUCAUAUGCAGGAUACAUGUUCAUCGUCUUCACACAGCCAUCAGCAAACUGUUUUUUACCCCAAGAGCGAGGUCAAGUACGUCAUGAGACUGAAGAAAAGAGGUCGAAUUGGAGGUUUUGAGAGAGGUCAACCAAAAAGAAUCGGAGGUCUGAGAGAUUGGGAUUCCAAGAGAGGUCUUCUUUUCUCGGUUAGCUCUGUCAGAAAUAUUCUGGAUAAAUACUACCGAGACAUGAACAACUCGGAAUAAAGAAGACAUCACCAUCCAACUGUAAAGGCUGAAAACAAGUGAAUUUGGACAAUUGAAGAAAGUAAAGGGAUUAUUUCCGUAAUUGAUUCACAAUGCGACCAAGUUUAAACUUUUCUCCUUAAUAUCGAUGAAUUUAUUUUAUAAAUUUGCAGCUCCUGAGAUGGAAUUUAAAGAA